AUGUAUCGUGGAGGUUCUAGUCAUAGUGAAAGCAGUAUUUGUGCAGCAGUGUUGGGGGUUUUUAUAGUCCUUGGUGCCUUUCCGCUUCUUUACUGGAACGAGGGUCGUGCGGUGAAAACGGCCGCAGCGUUGGACGAAGGUCUAAAAUACGUCAUCCAUGUCGACAAUCCUCGACAGAUUAGCAGAACAGAAGAUGGAAAACUGAUUCACGUAACAGGGGUUCUGCAAACUGAUCAAGUUGUAUCAGACCCAGAAUAUAUGGUUGCGAUGAAAGCUGUGAAGCUGAAAAGACAAGUUGAAAUGUUUCAGUGGGUUGAACAUAAAAGUGAAAGGAAAAUCCAAGAGGGAGGGGAAACAAGAGUGGAAACAACAUUUCAUACAGUUAAAAAAGAAUGGCGAUCGGGUCUGGUAAAUAGUGCACUAUUUGAUAGAAGUCACCUUCAUGAGAACCCAAGUUCUAUGAUAAUCACAUCUAAACUAUACGAAGUUGAUCAUGUUUACCUUGGGGCAUUUGAACUUUCUGAAGGGCUUGUAAACGGAGUAAAUAAUUUCAAGCCAUUUCGCCUUAAUGAGAUACCAGCGACCCAUGACAAACAGUUACGUCCGCCCAAGUUGCGCGAUGGGAUAUUGUAUCAUUCCCGAGAUCCUAUGAGACCAGAGAUUGGUGACCUAAAGGUGAGCUUCAGUUAUGCAGGAUACUGUGGAAAGGCAGGCACGCCACAUGGUGAACCUAUGACUGUGAGCAUAGUUGCCAAACAAACUGGACAUAAGUUAGGAGCCUACGAAACUGAUUCUGGUUAUCCAUUGGAAUUACUCUACCCUGGAAAGUUGUCUGCAAAGGCAAUAUUUGAAGCUGAGCAUGCAUCGAACGUGACAAUGACAUGGCUCCUGCGUGGUGUUGGUUGGCUAAUGUUUUUCCUGGGAUUUAUCAUGAUGACAAGUAUCCUAACAACAUUAGUAUCUUGGAUCCCAAUCGUUCGUGAUAUCAUUGGACUUGGCGUUACCUUAGCCUGUGUCGCUAUGGCAACGUCAUUCUCAUUGGUUGUUAUUGCUAUUGGCUGGAUAAGAUUCCGCCCUAUGCUUGGCUGUGCUUUACUGGCAGCUGCCGCUGUACCAUUCAUUUUAUCAAGGUUCAAAGCAAAGUCUGAGAAGAAGUCUGAGAAGUUUUAAGCUGAACAAUA